UUGUUACUUUUGGACUUUGGCUAAACUAGUUGUUCACAGUCUUUAUUCUAAGCUUAGGUAACAACAUGUUAAUGCUCCUAUGAGCCAGCAGACUGGUAGAGGCUUACUUUACUUUAUACUGAGCUAAGCUAAAUGGCUACUGGCUCAAGCUACAUAUUUAGUACACAUAUGAGGGUGGUAUUGAUCCUCUCAUCUAAAUCUCUUCAAAAAUUAAAUAAAAAGAAAUAAAUGAUAACAAAGGUGCCUGCAGGUAAAGCAGGGUAUGGUGACUUUGUGGGAUGAAAUGUUCGUCAAUGAGGUUUAGUAAGCUUGCUACCAAGAGCAUAAAACUGAAGUGGACAUGACAUUAAAUAAUGAAAAUGUAAUAAGAGAGUCACCGAGGGAUGUGUGACUAAAACAUUGGCAUUUGGAUUUAAAGGAAAGAAGAUAUGGACAGUGUGAAGGUGCACCAUGGUGCUGAGUUUCAGUAUGCUGGAGCUCAAUUGAAGGUCACAUAGUGGAGCAUGGCUAUUGAAGGAGCCUUUACUGUAAAUAGCCAGCUGGGCCACCUGUCAAUUGCACCAGCGGCUCGCACUGAGAGAAGCCGUGUCAUCACUUUCUGACUUACUGAGGAAGACUGCAUGACGGCUGCAUGUGCAGAUAUGUAUCCAAUCCACCCCUUCCUUGUCUGCCAUAUGCACAUGCACCCACCUCCCUAAUACACUGGGUUAAGGGCAUCAGGAGCAUUCUUCCCAGACAUGUGCCUCUGUCACUCACGCAGCCACACAACUACGCCGCACACCCAGUUGUGAGUCCUCUGUGUUCCCACACAAGGCUGGCACACUGCUCUGACAGUCUUGUGAACUCAGCCUUCGGUCUUUCUGUCGCUUGGAGAAAAGACCUGAGUGCUAUCCCUGAAUCACCUGCAGCCUGGUUACAUUUUCUGUGGAUUUAAUGGUUUUUUAAGUGUUGAAAACCCGUCGAUUGUUUUUGGUUAAAGAAGCACGGUACAAACAGUGUCCGGUGUGGAUUGUGUGGUAGUUUUUAACUAAGUCUUCCAAAAUGGCACCUGUGAAAGGCUGGGUAGUGGGGCUUUUGCUGGUUCUCCUGUGCCCAUCCCAGGUCCCUAUCUCUGGUGUAGUGAGUGCCCAGGACGUGGCUGAGGAAGACCUCAGUGCCAGAAUUAUUGAGGACGUUGUGGCUGAAGAGGGUGAAAACGGUGAGGAUGACGAUGGGGCUGGUGAAGAAGAGGAACAAGUAGCAGAGGAGGAAAAUGAUGAAGGUGAGGAAGAAUCAGAUGAACAGGAAGCAGAAGAGGCAGAAGGGGAGGCUGAGGAGAAGGAAGAAGAGACUGCUGAGGAAGAAGAGGAUACUGAAGAGGAGGAGGAAGAAGAAGAGGCUGAUGAGGGGGAGGAGGAGGAGAAGGAAGAAGAAGAUGCAGAUGAGGAAACUGAGGAUGAUGCUGAAGAAAAUGAGGCGGCAGCAGAGGAAGAUGAUGACGAGGAGGAGGCUGAUGAGGAGGCAGCAGAGGAAGAUGAUGACGAAGAGGAGGCUGAUGAGGAGGCAGCAGAGGAAGAUGAUGACGAGGAGGAGGAGGCUGAUGAGGAGGCAGCAGAGGAAGAUGAUGACGAAGAGGAGGCUGAUGAGGAGGCAGCAGAAGAAGACGAUGGUGAUGACGAGGAGGAGGAGGCUGAUGAGGAGCCCGCCGCUGACAAUGAGGAUGAGGAGGAGGCAACAGAGGAUGAAGAGGAUGCAAGUGAAGAGGAGGAUGAAGCAACCGAAGGAGAGGGGUUAGCUGAGGAAGAGGAGGCGAAUGAUGCUGAAGACGAAGAGGAAGAGAGUGUUGCUGAGGACGAUUCAGAGGAAGAGGAUGAUGAGCCUGAAGGUGAUGACGCAGCUCAAAACGAACAUGACACAAGUGAAGAGGAGUCCACCGCUGACACGCUGCGAUUCCACCCUGACUCUUUGUGUAGUGUUUGCUCCAUCUGUGAGCAUUGCUCUAGUGACUGUGAGAAUUGCCCCUGUGCAGAGGGAGAUGAGUCGGAUCACUGUGAGAUCUGUGAAGGAUGUUCAUCCUGCUAUCUUUGCCCUAUACUGUGUGACACGAUUUGCACACCAGGUGGCCUUGUUGAUGAGCUAACUGGAUCCCUCUUUCAGUAA